GAAGACAUUGAGUGAGACUGACUUUCAGGAGGAGCUGCCGUUUCCGUUUGGAUCUAGAAAAAUUACAAAAUAUCUAUCGGCUGACUUACUACAUGUAAUUCGACGCGCUGACGCUAGGCAGUCAGAGGCUGCGCUCACUCUGGCCUGGGCUAGCUACAGAAAGAUAGAUCGUCCUGUCGGUCCACGAGCCACACAAAAAGUUUACUCCCGGCGACUUCGGUAAGUUUUCGUGACCCUCGAUGAAAGCGUUCGGCCAUGUUUCCGUUCUCGUACAGAACCAGAAGGUGAAAGAGAACCAUAAAAGUGAUCGGUUUUCGUCCUAUCCGCCGAUGCGAUUCGUUUUUCUAAAUGCUUGUUUUUUCUCUGAACGCACCAAGCGCGUUAAGCUAUUCUAUACUUCGCUUUCGUGCCUUCCUAUCUACUUUUCGUUCUAGGCGGCGAAUAAUCGUACUUUUUCCGCGCUGCGCUGCUCAGUCCUCUUGGAGAGCGAUGAUCUACUGAAUUGAUACACGCCAGGACCCAUCCAAGACCCAUUUUCGAAAAAAGUCAGAAAGUUUGUGUUACACGGACUAGCUACGCACAAGGUAUCCCCAGGCCUAAGAAGUACGUGUUUUGAAGUUCACCGCGCGUGGAAGCACAUUUCAUUUGCGUCAUAAGUACCAGCACAACUUCAGCAGCUUGAAGGGCAAUCAUGUCAUCUUCGUCGUCGUCCUCCUCCUCCUCUUCGUCAUCGAGCUCGUCUUCCAGCUCAAGAACAGGAUCUUCCGCCCCCGGUUUUGGGGGGGGUACGAAGAGCAGUCGCACUUCGAAGACCACUAUCCACGGAAAAAGGCGGGCACUGGGCUGUGGCAUUGCUUCAAAUCUAGUCAUCGUGUGCUUCUUUUGCAACAGCAUGAGGCAGACGAAGAAAUUUGCUACACUGCUCAAACACAAACAUAAAGUCCCUGCAUAAAAAAAGUACGGCAAUUUUCUCGUUCAAAUGCCAACUCGAAAAUCCCUCUGUCUAGAAGAAGUCUUGUCUACAUGCAAGUAGUUCUCGUAAAUGCCAAGCAAAACGAAUAUCCAGUCGCCUCGUGCUUUUUUCGAUUGAUACCCGGUAAGUCCUCCAGCACCUCGAAUACCACCAGCAACACUUCCGGCGCACGCCGUCGCUCGGGAGCUGAACGAGAGCCGACCGAAUACCGGGAUAGUGGAAAGAGCAACGAUGGAGCCCGCAGAAGUGACGCGCCCGGGGGCGGCAACAGAUGGGGCUCGCGGGCAGCCGCUCCAGGUACUAGACGCAGCGCAAAGAAACUUUCUCGCUGCCUCUUGUUGUAGACUAUGAAUGCACUGGGCCCGCCCUUUUACUUUUUCUAGAAAAUGAAAAACCUUCUAGCUGUACUUUUUACGUCCUUGUUGUUGAUGUAAAAGCUCAAAUAAUAAUCUCAUAUUUGUGGCUAUUGCCGGCUUGGCGCGGCCGUCGGGCCUUCGGAGUCCAUAAUCAAUUAAUUUCUGAGAGCAACAGACAACUUGUGCAGUGCCCACCUUUAUUUUGAACCGCUGCUCCUCCGUGUCACUAUUUUCUCAUCCACCAGCAUACUGCGGCCAUUCAUAUUUCUUCGCUUUGGUUUUGCAGGUCAAUACGAUCCAACGGAUGCGCCGGCGCAUUUCGUGCCGUCCUACAGAGGCGAAGACGCUGGGGCGGUUCCGGCAUGGAAGCAGGCGCUGAAGGCCAAGCUGUUAGCGUCCGGGGGCGGACUAGCAAAGGCGGUAGAUCGGACCCCUCUGCCGGUAAGUGGAGCGCCAGGCGCAGCACCAAAUCAAGCAUCCGGCGGAGCGCCGAACGAAACAACCGUGGGCGCAUUCGCCGCAGCGCAAGGUAGAGCCUUUGGCGGACCACAAGGCGCACCGGAAACCGGAAGUGCGUUCCGGCCCCCGAGUGGAGCGAUCGGCGCCGCAGCUACGGCCGGCGGACCAGCUCAAGCUCUGGACCCUGCUCGUAAAUCGUGGUUGGAAAACAUGACGGUAGCGGAACAGGCAGCCAGCAUGGCCCGUGGCGAUAUCGGUGCGCGCGAGAUGAAGACUGGGGUGACACGCGCUGACAUUGUCAAGUACCAGGAUGAGAUUCGGCAGAUCUAUCCUGGCAAGGGUUUUGCUCAUGUCAAAAGAUGUUGCUGUCAGGUUCUGCGAAGAUUAUAUUCCAGUAAGUUUUUACAUAAACAGAUGAAGGUCCGGGAUUUCAGUGGCAGCUUGUCGCUUUGCAUUUUCAAUACGUCCUACAAAUAAGUCUGUGCUGUACACAAGUCCAACAUCAGCGUGAUGUCGAUAGUUAUUGUUUUUCGCCCUCGGCUUUCAGGAAAGAAAAUGCAUGUGGUCGAAGAGUCUUCAUCUGGUCCAAGCCAGGACGGCGCGUAUUUUGUAAGACGCGUAACAAGUACCCCGUAUGCACAUCUUGGACAUGAGAGCAUUCUUUUUUUGGAUGCCUUCGGGUUUGAUGACUCUCUGGCUUCGCGCCGGCGCACUGCGCCCCUCACACCUCAGCAGGAAGAGCGUCUGAAGCAGGCAGAUGCGGUGGACGGGCCGGACGUGAAGGUGACAACUGAUGUCAUGCUGCUACCCAAGACCGACAAGUUCGUGUGCGUCCGCACUUGUGGCAUGAUCCGGGGAGACAACUUCAACAGCGACUAUGUCCUGAAAAUCGCUGCAGGAACGAAAGUUGUGCUCCGUCGUACCAAACCACAGGGCUACGAAACCAAAAUCGCGAAGAACCUGAUGUUUCUGCCGAUCACGGUGGCCAGCCGUCAUCAGCCGGACUUGGACGGGGAGAUCGGUUGGGUCCCGUGGGCCGCCUUCGCCGAUGACGACUGGGUUCCGACACCUCGGGACCAUCCGUCUGUUGCUGGUGCGCCGUCCACGGGCAAGCUGCCCCCUGCUGCGGACGACAAGUUCCGCGGCAUGGGUGUACGGAUCGUGUAUGAAAUGGAGAAGAUGCGGGCAGACGCCAAAAUGCAGCAGGCCUCGGAAAACGAGUUCUAUUAUCUCGCCGAGGUGUCCGGGGACAAUGGAAUCGUGCAGGUGAAACUGGCCGGGCAGCCUCGGUACAAGAUGGGCGUCGCUGGAGAGUACAGUGUGGAUGCGCUGGAGCUCGAAAAGCAGGCCGUCGAGCGGCUGCCGCUGGACCACAAAGAAUACUAUCUGCACAUGCUGGAGUGGCUGUCCCAGGGAAAAGACAUCAGCGACAAGCAGCGUAUCUACUUCGAGGAAAUGCAAGAGGCGCUUGAGCUGAUCCGCGCCGCCAUUUGGGCGGAGGGCGAAAAGCAGCGUAUUCUUGUCAAAGCAGCCAUCGCAAAGAUGGAAAUGGACGCCACGCACCUGCCUCGGCACAAGGGGGCACUGUACUCAGCAAAGAAGCUUGGCAAGCAAGGCGUUGAGUUGAUGAACAUGACUCCGGAGAUGCGGACUCUGAAGAUUGGCGGUACGUUUUCACCCCGUGAGAUGGAAGAGACAUUCACCCCGCGGGAGCGCGACAACGUGAUCGCAAGCGCGUCGCUACUCGCCGAGCCCAUUGACGCAAAGAUCGAACGUCUGUCGAAGAUUGAGCGCAAGCCCUCCCGCGAGAUCUUCCACACGUUUCGAUUCCAGCAGCCUGGUACAAUGUAUGUGAACAACAAGGUUCCACCUAAGGCGAACGUUGCGCUGCAGGUGGGGCGCCCGAACGAGAUGCCGCCGGCGGAACGUAUUAUCUCAUGCCUCCCGCUUGGGCACUACGAGGGCGUGUAUAUGAUGAACAAGGGUUACGAAGACGUGUUUUGUUUGUGGCACUUGAAGCUGCGCAGAGCGUCUCGAAUGUCUCUUUUCGUGUACGUGGGAGUUGCUAAAUACAUGCGCCGCCUACUGUUCAAGGGUAUGUUUUACUACACCGACUACGGCGCGGAAGUUCACUUGGACGAAGCGUCAGAGACCCCGCUGCGGUUGGAGACUCGCACGGAGCUCUUCGACGACCUGCGCGCCAAUUUUCCACCCGGCCAGCUGGAUCGAUUUCUGGCACUUCCUGCGAUAGACCGCCGGUUCAAGAAGGCCAUUCGAAAAGCGCGGCUUGAUUGGUCCAUUGCUACCACCGGAAAAGUGCCGACCGUGUUCGGACCCAGCGAUCGCACCGUGCGCGAGGUGAAGGAUCCUGCUGUAAGAUGAGAAAACGCAUCUAGAGCAAAUUAAAGCGGAACUGCAGCCAGGAGCAUGUUGGUCAUGAUUUGAUGUAUACUCAGGUUCACCAAGUAAAAAGUUGAUUCUGGACAUCCGUCGUUCGUUCGAUGAGAUGUAGUUGGUUGGUCUUCGAAAAUUGGCAAGCGAGGCAAUGAGAUAGCUGCAAGUACUUGUGAACAUUCAAGUGAGCAUCAUGUCAGCUUUGCAGGUUUAUGCAGGCGUGCUAUGUGCCUGCUACCCAGGCGCAAACAAGCUGUUGUGUCUUUGAUUUUGCUUUUGCGUUCUAUAAAAGUGGUUACACGAGGACAAGUCGUCACCGACUUUAGUGCAGUACGUUGCGCACACCGUGAACAAUCAGGCCUCUUUACCGGAUGCCAGCUUCCGCAUGCCCGAUUUACCGAACUUGCCAGGCCGCAAAAGCCACUUCCGGGGCACGAAGAUCGAACGCUCGUCAGGGCGUGCUUCUCAGACAGUACCUGCCGGAGACGCCGGUAAGGGAGCUGCGACUUCGUCGGACAGCGACUCCAAGAAGUCGUCCAAGUCGUCGGCAGCAGGAUUCGGUGGAGGAAAUACUUCCGGUUUCAGCGACAGUGGCAAAAGUAACACAACCUCGGGCUUCAGUGGUUUCGGUACUCAGGCCGCGCCAGCGUUUGGCCGUCAGACUUCCGCUCCCGGUUUUGGAGGCGGAAGCAAAAGUGGCACCAGCAAGACAACCUCAAGCAGUAGCAGCAGCAGCAGCAGUAGUUCCUCUUCGGACUCCAGCUAGAGGAACCAUGAUAGUAUCCAUUCCAUUGCGGUCUCGAGGUCCUCGCAUAGUUGUUAUCGAUGCUUAUCUUACAUUAUCUUUUCAGUCUUUUUUCUCGAAACCACGUCACCUACAAAAAGUGCUAGACUUAUUUCGAUAGGAUUCAUCUAAAGCUACAAAUAUCUCUGUGACAAAAUGCAAGAAUACUUACAAUACAUCGGCGAACUGGUAAAAUCAUUCACGUAACACGCGUUUUCCAUUUGAUCUUUUACUUGUGACACACACACAGACACCUUUUUCACCAUUACAAUUUUAAAGUCUCCCGACAAGGCACAAUAUCAACCCUCUCUGAUCUUCGACAUCCAUGAAUACAUGCUCUAGUAUAGCUCGUGCUUCUUCUUUCGCACUCUCAAAGUCAAACCCAAAUAUCAUGCACACCGACGAUUUUAAUUAAGGUAUUUUGGCCUCCGUAUGAAAGAAACGACGCGACUCUAGUCCCCAGAGUCGAUCUUUUUUUCGCAUGACGCUUUGCGGAUUCCCGGGCGCAAUUUGCCUGUACUCGUUUCUUCACCCCAUUGCCAGCUUCGAUGUCAUAGUCAUUGCCCCAUUCGCAUUUUGCAGAGCUUUUGAUCUCAACUCUUUCCCUAAACAAAGCGCAAUCCAUUUGUUGAGUGUUUGAAAAUGGGCACAUCAU